CCCCCCCACCCCGCGCCGUCGCCGGUGCCGCGGGCGCGGAGCAGCGCGGGGUGCGGGCCGAGCGCGGCGGCCCCAUGCCGCCCGGCACGCCGGGGCCAGCCCCGGGGGCACCCCCCGGUCAUACCCCGCGGAGCCCCUGCCGCUGUGCCCCGGGCCGUGCCCGCAGGAGGAUCGCUGCGAGCCUCCUCGCAGGCAGGUGAUCUGUUUGUCUGCCAUUUCUGGUUACCCUCUUCCCAACCCUCCCCCCCCCCCGGCUGGACAACUCCCUCCUUUGGAGAACACGCCCAAGUAGCUGAAGAAGAGAGAAAGGGAGGAAAAAAAAAGGGGGGGGGGGAGGGAGAUAGUUAACAUUGAACCUGGGGGGAGCGCCCCGAGCCGCCGGCGCUCAGGAGGAUCCCGCAGCCCCGUCCGUCUCCCGCAACAAGGCGCUGCGUGUGACAGGCAUACAAAUCCGGGAGAGAGGGACAAGAGAGCGAGCGGGGCAGAGGGCCGGGCCGGAGCGGAGAGCCGAGGGCGAGGGCCAUGGUGAGAGCCGGCGGGGGCUCGCCGGGGCGCAGCGGGGCGCGGCGGGAGCGGCCGUGACCGGAGCGGCCCCGGGCCGGGAGCGCGGCGGGCUCCGUUUCGCACGUUGAGUCGGAGACACGGCAAAGCUAGGAAUAUGAACAGGAAAACAAGGCGCUGGAUCUUCCACAUCUUCCUGAGCCUGGGGAUUGUGUAUAUCAAGAUCGGGGGUUUUUCCUCUGUGGUGGCUCUGGGCGCCAGCAUCAUCUGUAACAAGAUCCCGGGUCUCGCCCCCCGGCAGCGGGCGAUCUGCCAGAGCAGGCCCGACGCUAUUAUCGUCAUCGGGGAAGGGUCCCAGAUGGGCAUCAACGAGUGCCAGUUCCAGUUCCGCAACGGGCGCUGGAACUGCUCUGCCCUGGGAGAGAGGACCGUCUUCGGGAAGGAGCUGAAAGUGGGGAGCAGAGAAGCAGCGUUCACCUACGCCAUCAUUGCUGCUGGAGUAGCACAUGCCAUCACGGCUGCCUGCACGCAGGGCAACCUGAGUGACUGUGGGUGUGACAAAGAGAAACAAGGACAGUACCACAAGGAGGAAGGGUGGAAAUGGGGAGGCUGCUCUGCUGACAUCAGAUACGGGAUAGGAUUCGCCAAAGUGUUUGUGGACGCCCGGGAGAUUAAGCAAAACGCACGGACGCUCAUGAACCUGCACAACAACGAGGCCGGGAGGAAGAUUCUGGAAGAAAACAUGAAGUUAGAGUGCAAAUGCCAUGGGGUCUCGGGCUCCUGUACCACUAAAACAUGCUGGACAACUCUGCCUAAAUUCCGGGAGCUGGGCUACAUCCUGAAGGACAAAUACAACGAAGCUGUUCAGGUUGAACCAGUGAGAGCAAGUCGGAACAAGCGCCCAACCUUCCUCAAAAUAAAGAAACCCCUUUCCUAUCGCAAACCCAUGGAUACAGAUUUAGUGUACAUAGAGAAAUCUCCCAAUUAUUGUGAAGAAGACCCUGUCACUGGCAGCGUGGGAACGCAGGGCAGGAUGUGCAACAAGACGGCCCAGCAGUCCAACGGCUGCGACCUGAUGUGCUGUGGCCGAGGUUACAACACACACCAGUACUCAAGAGUGUGGCAGUGCAACUGCAAAUUUCAUUGGUGCUGCUAUGUUAAAUGCAACACAUGCAGUGAAAGAACAGAAGUAUAUACCUGUAAGUGAGUACACGGCUGGGCAGGCUGACGUGUCCCUGGCCGUCAAUACAUUUGCACAUGCACUCAACGUAGCUACAGAAGACCGUAGGAAAGACUUGCUCUCCUAGAAGAAAUGCUGAUGAAUGGAGUCCUCUCUUCUCAUGUUUCAUUGCUUAUGUGGAUACACUUUUCAGACUCUUGUGAAAGUCAGCCAAGAAACAAAAACAAACAACACCCCCCUUCUCCAACCACCCCCCCCCGAGCCACCUGUCACACAAAACAGAGAGAAAAAGGUGCUCUCUGCUAAUCUGUGCCUCUAAAGGAAGAUGCAUUGACUGCCCUGUGAAGAAACACCAGUCAGACAAAAAAAAUCUCUGAGUGUGGCAACUGACUCUUAGUUUGGAAAAAAAAGAUGGUCAAAAACUUCAGUGUAUAAAGAGCUGGGGGAGGCAGGGGAGAAAUCCUCAAAAAAGGGCUUUGCACAGGAUGGGAUGGACAGGCACCCAUCAUGAGUGGCCCAUGUGAGUGUGUGGAUGGCACAGAUUUAGGCUUCAACACUCGUGCAAAGCUUCUGCUGGUCUUGCCCAUCUUUCCACUUCAUACCAUUUGCCUACAGCGAGUAGAACUGUUGAAGGUUUCUGUAGACACUGCUUUAUCUCCCUCGUGUGCGUGUGUGCUGCAGAGUUUAGCACAGGGAUUUGGGACACUCGGGCAUAAUAAUAGCAAUAUUUAACAAUUUAUUCAGAUAAAAACUAAUAUUAAUUUAUUUAAUUAAAAAGAACUCUACCGACAUUUGGGGAACUAUUCUGCAAUUAAAGUAGAUAGCUGCCUUUCUUUGUGGAAUAAUUUUGUAGGAACAGCAAGGAAAAACUGGAGCUGUACAUAUUAUUCUUAACUAGGAUGUUUCUAUUAGUUGGACUUGCAGGAUAUGUUCUACAGUACUAGAUGUUUAAGUACAAACGCUGGCAUCUUUAUAUAUAUAUAUGUACAUACACAAACACACACUGUUGGUUUUUUUGGGGUUAUUUUGUUUGUUUGUUUGUUUUCUCCUGUUUGCUGCUAGUUGUCUGGAACAAAAGUCAAGCGGUAGGGGUUACAAAUCUUUACCAGUUGUCUUGGGUUGGUUUUUUUUGUUGUGUGGGGUUUUUUUUUUCAAUUAAAGGAAGAAGCAUUAAUGAAAUCCUGUUUGGAAUAUGUCUAAAAAUACAAAAAUCCAGACAAACUUCCAUCUUUUGGAAAAAAUCAACCAUGGGAUAAGAGAAUAUAUUUUGUAAGAGACUAUUUUUAUAUAAAUAUUUUAUUUAUACUACUUCUGCUUGUUCAACCUGUACUUUUUCUCAAAACAGGCAUACAAUUUGUAAUUCUUAGGCUAUUUAACAGAGAAAGGGUAAUUAGUUUGUGGACAUAGCAGCAGCAAGCUGGAUACACUCAGCUGAACUUGGUGGAUGUGUCAGAGAGCGGAAUGAACUUUCUCUCCGGAUGUGUGUAAAAAAAACUGGCUCUUUUCCUGCAGCUCAAUUUGCAGGAUAUGCAAAACAAGGACAGGGUAUGUAGCAUCAAUUUUGUCACAUGGCUUGAAUUCCUGAUUGGUAUUAACUGGAUGUUCAUUUAUCCCAUUCAAGGGAAAAAAAAAAGAAUCCGAAUUAGCUUCCCUUCUGCGUCAGUCAUUAAAGUGUGGCAUUAUGACUAGCAAAUGUGCUGUGUGUGCUGUCAGUUAAACCUCUAUAUUGUGUUACUGUCAAAUUUGAUUUUAAUCAGUGGAAGACUGUAGACUGUGACUGUAAAAACUAGCAUGACACACAUCGUCUGAUUCUCAUAGAUAGGAUACAAAGCUUACUUGUCGUCCAACUCUUUUUUUGGGGGUGCAUUUACAUUAUUCUUUCCCUGCAGAAAGGCCAGAGCUCAAAAAAAAAACUCCAGAAAAACAUCCAGGCAAAUUUAAGGACCAUUGACUUGAUUUUCUAAGCCAUUCUACGUUCCCUUUACCCUAUUUCCUUUUUAUCACUGCAGUAUUUCUCUGUUUUUAGAACCAUUUUGUUUUUCCUGCUUGACUCAUUUGUGACUGAUAAAAGAAAAAAAACAUCUAAUUUUAACGUUGUUUUUCAUGGGGUGAGAAACGUGGCCCUGUGCUACCAAUGAUGCUACCUGUGCUGUCUAGGACAGAUCAGAUUCUUCCCUCCUUCCAGGCUACAGCACCUCAUACCUUUCAUGAGGUUGAGAAAGGCAUCAGUAAAGGAAAGGACCCACCCUGCUGCAUGCAGCGCAUUCCACUGACCCCUGUUCCUAGCAGCCAGCAUUACAAGGAGUAGAUGAUACAGAAGCAUUUUGUGUCCACUAAUUUUUCUGAGGGAAAAGUCCCACCUACAAUGAGAGAACAUUUCUGCAAAAGCAAACAUAAGAUGUUACAAAGGUUCCCUAUAACAUAACACUCACCUUUUAGGGCUUACCUGAAUGUGGCAUGACAGGAUGCUUUGUAACUCCUUGUACAUACCUUAUGUAAGAACACAAUCCCAUGCUGUGCCUGAUCCUAUAUUUAGGGUUAAAUACACAGUCUCUUUGCAGACCUGCCACUUCACAAAACCCAUGAAUUUUUGCUGCAAUUCAGAAACCUGCAUGGAAUAUCAAAAUAAAACAAUUAAUGUCAUUUACUUUCAAACUUAAGGCUUCUCAAGAUAAAGUACCAUAAAAGCAACUUUUUGGGGUCAUUGAGUCACUACUUUUAGUUCUUCUGAAUUCCACACAUUAAGAAUUGAUAAGAUACAAAAUGCAAUGAAGUACAGACAGUAUGGAUGUUAAUUACAACACUAUAAUAUGGCUAAUUCAGAUCUAACAUCUAAUAUUGGAAUCCUCCCCCACCUCGGUAUUGUUUUUUUACUUAGUGGAUACCAGAUCAUAGUCAAAAGGGGUUUUCUUCACUGACUAGUUAUUUUACAAGAUACUACUUUUGCAGUAUGUUUUUACCAUGGAAGAGUAAUCUGUGUAACUCCUGCUUCCUGUAUGUUUCAGUAUGCAGUGAUGUGCAAUGUACAGCUAGCAGAUUAAUCACUGAAGGACAAAUAUCUUUAAACAGUCUUACAGUAAUAAAGAAUUGGAUGCACAAUGAAAUGAAUUUGUUACACAUUUUCCCUAUAUCUUACAGUAUUGCUGAUGAUCAGUGCAUGAGGAAAAAAGGUCAUUUUUUUGAUGACUGGAAUAACUGUUUGGGAACUAUAAACUGGAAAUCAAGGAAAACCAAAUGCUGCAUUCAACCAGAAGGCAUUUGGAAAUUUGGCUGUCUCAUCUUAGAUCAGAAAAAUCUGUCCCAUCAGAAUCUGUUUGAGUCUGGAGUUAGUUGGUCAUUUGCUAAAUGGGCUUGAAUGGCAUGAAGAAUAAACAGGAGAAGGAGAAAGAUUUACCAUUUUGUAGCUAUUCCUCCCCCCAACAACAAUUUGUUCUGUGUCCUCAGGGAUAGAAGAGUUGUUUUUCACUUUGGUGAAGAGCCCCACAAUGGGAGUGAAAUGCACACAACUGCAGAACAAUGUAUCUCUCGAAAGAAAACACAUCUUUUCAUCUCUGCUAACCAAGGGAAGUGCUGGGUUGCUGUCCACGUCAACAACCUGGCUGAGGCUUUUAAAGAAAACAUACAUUCAAGAAGCAGGAAGAGUAAGAGGAGUAGGAAGCAUCAGAGAACAAGCAUAAUUGCAAGUUGGGAAGCAUUUAUGGAAUCUCACUUCCUCCUUUGGCAGUGGAGCCUCCCUCAUGGAAAUGAAGCUGUUCUGCCUCGGUAUUCCUAAGCAAGUUUUAAGGAUUUUACCUCUCAGUCUUCUGAAAAGGACAACUAACCUGAAUGCAAUUAGCUUGAAUACUUGAAGUACCUACAUAAAACAUGAGUCAGUCAAUGAUUAAGUUUUCUUUGCCAUGUAUGCACAAACCUAAUGGAGAUGUGUCUUUCAACAGUGAUCAUUAAACUCAA